AUGGAAGGUGAGCAGCACCAAAGAUCAAAACUGAAUAAAGCUAAGCAGAUUGUGAGGCUAAGGGGAAUGCUUCGUAGGUGGCACAGUUUCUCAUCCUCAUCCUCAACCUCAAUCUCAUCAUCACCAAACAUUUCAAGUAGCCCCAAUUACAACAUGAUUGACAAUUCUGAUUACCAAGAACCCACAACUGAUGAUGAUCCAACCUCAAAGAGUAGGGCACCGUGUAAUUGUAACUUGGAUGAAGAGGAUCACAAAUGCGAGAGUCCCGAGCCCCCUCCCGAUGUUCCGAAAGGGUACUUGGCAGUUUAUGUUGGGAGUGAGCUUCGGAGAUUCAUCAUUCCAACUAGCUACCUUACUCAUUCUCUCUUCAAGUUAUUGCUUGAGAAGGCUGAAGAUGAGUUUGGAUUUAACCAUAAUGGUGCUCUCACUAUUCCUUGUGAGACUGAGACCUUCAAGUAUCUCCUCAGAUGCAUAGAGACCAACUACGACACCCAUCAAGGUAGCUCCUCUGGAAACAUAGGAACUUCGGAAGCAUAACUAGUGAUUCUGAUCUUCCUAGAAGUCCAGUCAAAUCAU